AUGCUACGCCCUCUCGGGCGCCGGCCGUGGACAUGCCGCAAAUGUCUGCAUCUGCAGUCACGAAAUUUCGAGAGCGCCGCAUACCCUGCUCCCCGAGCUCACGUCGACUAUGUCCCCGCUGACAAUACCGCACCGAAGAAGAACGCCGACGAUGAUACCCUGCGACGUGUUUUCGACUCCCAGCCAUUCUGGAAAGAGUUCUCACAUCCGCGCAGCUCUAAGGUUCCAAAGCGGGCCGGAUUGGUUCAGAAUCAAUACUUGACGAAUCCAGAUGGCUUCAGGGCGUUUGCCAACGUGUCACUACAGAAAUGUCAGACGAUUGUGGCGAAGGUCUUAGCGGCUUCGACUCUAGAGGAAUACCGGGGAUUGGCAAGGAACUUGGACAGGCUCAGUGAUCUUCUGUGUCGUGUGAUUGACCUUUCGGAUUUCAUUCGGACGAUUCAUCCCGAUCCAAAGAUUCAGGAAGCUGCGACGCAGGCGUACGCACUCAUGUUCGAGUAUAUGAACGUACUAAAUACAACUACAGGCCUUCACGAGCAACUCGGCAAGGCCAUGGCCAACCCUGAGAUCACAUCAUCCUGGACCGAGGCGGAGACGAUCGUGGCGGAGAUUCUCAGGAAGGACUUUACAAACUCUGCGAUCCAUAUGCCGACAGAUGAGAGACAACGCUUCGUGAACCUUUCGAACGACAUCAGCCAAGUUGGCUCCAGCUUCUUCAACGGUGCCGAGCCGGCUAAGUCCCAGUUGGUAUUCAACGCGAACAGCCUCCAGGGAUUGGAGCCAAUGGUGGUUCAGAAAAUAAAGAGAUGGAAUAACAAAGCACCGGUGCCCACCAUGGGUAUUGUUCCCCGCCUGGUGCUUCGGUCUGUGCGGGAAGAGUCGGUCCGGAAAGAAGUGUAUCUUGCUAGUCGAACAUCGAGCCCGCGCCAGAUCCACCGUCUCGAGAAGCUUUUGAUGAAACGAUCUGAAUUGGCAAAGCUGUCUGGAUUCAACAGCUUUGCCCAAAUGACACUGAGCGACAAGAUGGCCAAGACACCGGAGUCGGUGUCGAAUUUCCUGACCUCGCUCAUUUCAAGCAACCGAGGACCUGUCAGUGAAGAGCUCGCCCAGUUGCAACAAAUGAAGGGCAGCUCGGCGCUUCAGCCCUGGGAUCAUGCCUAUUAUGUUCAUAAGCGCGUGCUGGAGUAUUCCCAGUCCCGUCGUUCUCGUGAAUUGAGCGCUGUCCCCGAGUUCUUCUCCCUGGGAACGGUUAUGCAAGGACUUUCUCGGCUGUUCGAUCGUCUGUACGGUGUGCGUCUUGUGCCCCAAGAAGCGACUCCUGGUGAGACUUGGCACCCCGACGUGCGUCGCCUUGAUGUGGUGGAUGAAAAUGAGCAGCAUAUCGCCGUGGUCUACUGUGACCUAUUCUCGCGACCAGAAAAGCACCCUAACCCGGCCCAUUUCACUCUGCGCUGCUCGCGUGAAAUCUUGGCCGAUGAGAUCGCAGAGUGUGCCUCGAUGGACCAGUCGGCGCACCCGAACGAUGGCAUGGCGACCGCGGUGGAUCCGCGCACGAAGACACUGCGUCAGUUGCCCACGAUCGCCCUGGUUUGUGAUUUCCAGGAACCAUUAUCGAACGGCUCGGGUCGCCCAACCCUAUUGAGUGAACAGAGCGUGCGUACCUUGUUCCACGAGAUGGGUCACGCCGUCCACUCUAUUCUAGGCCAGACUCCUCUCCAGUCCAUCUCUGGAACGCGUUGCGCGACGGACUUCGCCGAGCUUCCCUCUGUGCUCAUGGAGAGCUUUGCCACUGCACCUGAGGUGCUCUCCCUCUAUGCCCGACACUGGCAAACCGGAGAACCCCUCUCCGAAAGCAUGAUGCGCAGCAUGGAGAUGGAUCGGCACGCACACGGCUCCAUCUACGGCGCCGUUGAGAACGAAGCCCAGAUUCUCAUGGCUCUCGUCGAUCAGGCCUACCACGCCAUCCCCUGUGACGAUGCGAUCAAGGGCGUGGACACUACCGAGAUCUACCACAAGGUCUUCUCCCAAUACUCCAGCUUGCCCGAUCCGGACAAUGUCCGCCCGCGGACCUCAUGGCAGGGCUUCUUUGGGCAUUUGUACGGCUAUGGGGCUACAUACUACAGCUACAUCUUCGAUCGCGCGAUCGCCAACAAGCUCUGGCAAGACGUGUUCGAUUCAGGCAAGUCAGCCGUGGACCGAGCCGCCGGCGAACGCUACAAGAACGAAGUCCUCCGCUGGGGGGUGGACGCAACGGCUGGCAAUGCGUCGCAGGCGUUUUGGGAGAUAAGAAUCCCUCGAACGCCAAUGGUCGAUUGGUGGAAGGCGGCGACGAAGCCAUGCGUGAGGUCGGUCGUUGGGGUUUAG